AUGACUCAACUGAACCUACUUCUCCUGCUCAUGGUUCUCAUGUGCUCUGUGGACACUUUUCUUCCACCGCCUUCAGACCCUCCGGAGUCGGUCCCGAGGAGAGAAGAUUUCGUGUCUCUCACUUGGUACAGGACCACUGCCCACAGACGACUGCAUUUGUCAGACGAUAAUCGAACAGCCACUCUGCUCGGCGAGACAGAGACGUACCCCAUCCACCACUAUUGCCCCCAAAGCACACAGGUCCUGGGCUCCACGCCUCUGACCGGCCGCUGCUACUUUGAGGUGCUCUGGAAUGACUGGGUAGACAUCUCUUUGGCCCAUAAACCUACGACCAACACUGACAGGAGACGAACACUCCAGGUCUACAACAACGGAGAGAUCGGCCAGAGGACAGCAGGCAUCAUCUCGGGGGUGGUGGGCGUCUUUCUGGACUACGACGCCGGGAUGUUGUCCUUUUACGAGAUCAUGGAUGAGGGGAGAGCAUCUCACCUCUACACCUUCAGGGAGACCUUCACCCAGCCGCUGUUCCCAGGUUUCGGGGUGUGGGUGGUGUAUGCUCAACGGUCAGUGGGGAACUCUGGGACUCUGCUGUCAUCCCCACGGAUUUCCCCAUAG